AUGGAAUGUAAUUCCGAAGGACUCGCUGCCAGGAGGGGUCUCACAGUGACGACCAUUCACCGCCUCCUCGUCGAAGAUCUACCAGGAACUCCAAAAGCAAGCGGGGAUCAGGACAAGAGCUCGUGUUCUGCCGAGCCAACCGCAUACUCCACCGUCCAUCGCAAAUGCUUGCCAAUCGCAUCGGAAAGCUUCAUUCUGGAGUUGCGGAGCUACGGAUGGAGAUUCAUUCGCUAUGCAGAUGCCACAAGCGUUGUGGCCAUGACCAACAUCUAUUCUCAGCUCAAAGACGAUCACUUAGAGGAGCAUCUCAAGAAAAGGGCGGCGAAGCUCGGAUACAUCGGACACCCCGCGGACGGCGACGCAGCGACCAACACAGCGAUCGGCCCAUUUGUCGCAGACGAGUGA